GGCAUUCAACCUCCGUCAGCGUGCGCAAGAUGCUGUCCACUACCGACUGCUAUCCUGAAAAGGCUCAAAAGGAGCGGCCUGCGUCUAGUUCUACGCAGCCGCUAUCACUAACGCUACCACCAUUGCCCGCGUCGUUACCCCCGAGGCAGCAUUCGCAGUACACUUACAAUCCUUACGUCACUGCAGCCAACCCACCCGCCCCCUAUGUUCCGCUCCUUCCUUCAUUUGCUCCACCAGCUUCCUAUAUCCCGAGCAAUAUGAAUGACAAUCCAGUGGGACCUGUGCAAUUGCCAGAGCUAGUCCGCCCGGAAGGGGUGUAUUCGUUGCCACAAGGGCUGCCAGCGUCGAUUCCAGUGAUCCCAGAUUAUCUCCGGCAGAUGCUCCGAGACAGAUUCGCUCAAUCUGCGGUCCCAAUACCCAAGUUUGAACCAGAAAUCGAAGCCCCUGUUCCGGAACCACUGACUCCUCCCCCUUCCUGUGAAAAUGACUUCCAGGAGCCGGUGGUUGAAGAUGAGUCUGAUGAUUCACUAGACGACGAGCAGGAAGAAGAGGAGGAUCUGGAGCCGAUUGAACCCGACCAUUAUUUCGACGGCACAGUACCCGUCUUCAAGCCGACUAUGGAACAGUUCGAGUCAUUCCCCAAGUUCAUCAAGCGAAUUGACUCGUAUGGAAUGAAGACCGGCAUUGUCAAAGUCAUCCCUCCGAAAGAGUGGGCUGAUGCGUUACCUCCGAUCACAGACGAGCAGAUCCGCAAGAUCAAGAUCAAAAGACCGAUUGUUCAGCAUAUAUCUGGCUCAGGAGGCAUUUUCGCCCAGACAAAUAUAGAAAAAGGCCGGUCAUACACACUACCGCAAUGGAGAGCGCUUUCGGAAGAGUCCGACCACCUACCUCCUGCAAGACGCGGCGAGCGUCGAGCAGGCAGCACAUCUCACAAUGAUCAUCCUCGCAAGCGCACUAAGCUCACUACAGGUGCUGCAGCACCCGCAGACUCCGACGCCAGUUCUGCGAUAACAGCGGCUACCACUUCCGCUGAGAAGAAGAAGCGCGGCGAGCUAUCUGCACAAGAACUCGCAGAGUUUGAGAACUUUGAUUACCGUUUUGACGCUGCAGAGUUUACAGACGAGCGGUGCGCUGAGCUGGAGAGAAUUUAUUGGAAAACAAUCACCUACAAUAAUCCUCUCUACGGUGCUGAUCUCCUCGGCAGUUUAUUUACGGAUCAAACAAAAUCAUGGAACGUUGCUAAGCUAGAUAAUCUACUCAGCGACCUAGGAAAGGAAGUGCCAGGCGUCAACACCGCCUACUUAUAUUUUGGAAUGUGGAAAUCUACCUUUGCGUGGCACGUUGAGGAUAUGGACCUCUACUCCAUCAACUACAUUCACUUCGGUGCACCCAAGCAGUGGUACUCGAUCUCACAGGCAGAUCGAGCAAAGUUUUUCAACAUGAUGAGGAACGCGUUCCCGACAGAUUACCAAGAAUGCAAAGAAUUCCUGCGCCACAAGACAUUCAACAUCUCCCCCACGUUCCUAAAGAGCAAAGGCAUCAAAGUGAACAAGGUGGUACACCGACAGAACGAGUUUAUAAUCACAUAUCCGUAUGGCUAUCAUUCUGGAUAUAACUUGGGAUACAACUGUGCUGAAAGCGUAAACUUUGCUACCGAAAGCUGGUUGGAUAUAGGUCGACAGGCUGAGUACUGUAAAUGUCUGGCAGACUCUGUGGGGAUCGAUGUCCCUGAUCUAGAGGCACGGGUUAAAGCUAGGAAGAAAGCUGAGAGAAGUCAGAGGCGGGAGGAGCGGAAACGGAAGGAGGCAGAGAGUGAGGCUGGAGGUUUGGAUAAAGGUGUUCUAUAGGUUUUGGUACUCGUUUCAAUAUAAUUUUACA